UUGGGAGAGAGCAUUCCCACAGCUGGCCCUGGCCAUUCAUGUAUGUUGCUUAUUGGAGAUGCAGAUAACAAGCUGGUCUACAAAUCAAGAAUCAUGGAUGCUAUACUGUUGAAGGAAGAAAGCUGGAGUAAGAGAAUUCAAGUAAAGAGGGCUAUAAAGGGAGAAGACCUCAGUAUUAACCUGAUUAGUAUGGAAUGGGUUGGGUUGGAUGUCCAGAGUAGCUAUACACCUUUCUACACAGGACCCAAAAGGGUGGCAAGAGCCAACAACUAUGAACAGGAUGAGAGUGUAAAGAAACCAUCACCAGGUGGCAGUAGUAGUAGUGACUAUGACGUCCAGGCUGAUCCUAACUAUGAAGGACAGAGUGCUACUUAUAACCAGCCCUCUUCAAACAGAAGACCCUGCAGUCACAAGUGCACCAACAAAGACACAUGUGCCCAUGAGUGCUGUAAAUUAGGAAUAGCAAUUAAACGCCCGCAAGUACAGAAAGCACCAAAUAUGGAGCGAAACAAAGAGAAAAUGAGUGUAAAUGAGAAGAUAGGGAGAAUGGAUCACUAUAUGAAUGGUUUAAAGAACCAAGUUGAGAAGAUUCCACAAACUCCCAAUAUAAAACGCAUGAAGCCCAGUAGUUCUAAAGAGAACCUAAAUAGGUUUUCCUACACCCCCAAGGAUCGACUGGCACUAACAAGGACCCCCAUGACUAAACCUGAAAUCCAGGUUACCUCUACAGGGAAGAAACGUGUAGCAGUGGCCCCCAACCCCAGGGGCUGGGAUGAGCUUGAUAUGUACCACUACAGUAGGACAGAUUCCUCCGACCCAGACAUAGAUGAUGUGACCCCAGAGGACACGCACAUGAACCCAAAGACUCCAGAGCGCACUUACGGAUCCAACAUCUCCCACGGUAAUAAUACAAGGAGAGAUGAUCGACAGAAUCCAUAUGAAAUGGAGUCAACUUACAAAACAAAUCAGCAGCCAUAUAACAGAGAUAAGCCACACAGUAAUAAUAUGGAGAGAAAUCAACAAAAUCCAUAUGAAAUUGAGGCAAUCCAUAACACAAGUCAUGACCCAUAUAACAGUAAUACAGAUGCAAACUUCAUAGACAAUCCAUGUG